AUAUCGGACGCUCGAGGAAGAUUGUUCAGGAAUCUUCUGCCAGCCAGGCGAACGCUCAGAGCCAGCUGCAACAACAUGUAGAGAAGUCGGGCUCCCUCGCUCCCUCCACCCCUCUGACGGGACGACUCUACCUGAAGGAGAAGGACCUGCUGGUCACGCCCGUCUCCUCGGCGACGCAGAGCGUCAGCCGGCUGCAGAGCAUGGUGGCCGGGCUGAGGACGGCCCCCAGUGAAAACCUGAUUAACAUCUUCAAGUCUUGCUCCAGAAAUCCCACAGAGUCCAUCCUGGCCAGAGUCAAGGCACUGGGACAGACCUUCAAAGAACAUUACACCAAGGACUCCGAAGACAUGCCUGGCUCUCAUAUAGACUUUGCGGAGAACCGUCUAAAGCUGGCUGAGAUCCUCUACCACAAGAUCCUGGAGAACGUCAUGGUGCAGGAGACCAAACGGCUGCAAGGCAAAGACAUGAGUGUGUUAUUGGAGCAGGAUAUCUUCCACUGUUCCCUGAUGGCAUGUUGUCUGGAAGUGGUGUUGUUCUCCUACAGCUCCCAGAGAACCUUCCCCUGGAUCAUCAACAUCUUCAAGCUGACCCCAUUCUACUUUUUUAAGGUGAUCGAGGUGUUUAUCCGCUCAGAGGAAGGCCUGUCCAGAGACAUGGUGAAGCAUCUGAACCUGAUCGAGGAGCAGGUUCUGGAGAGCAGAGCAUGGAGCGCAGACUCUGCCCUGUGGAGCGUCUUGCAGGCUGCUGGGAACAAGGUCCCCACCGUGGAGGAGGUGAAUUUUUCCUCCAGUCUGGACUCUGGUUCUGGUUCUGCCAGUGGAGGUCAGUCCCACCUGCCUCUGGUCGCCCUCUCCCCCAUCAUCCACCCCCGCAUCAGGGAGUUCAGAUCCGGCCUGGGCAGCGCACGCAAAGAUGUGCCUCCCUCUCCGUUGUCAGUCCAUGACCGGUACAGCUCCCCGGCAGCUGGCAGUGCCAAACGCCGGCUCUUCGGCGACGACCCUCCGGCCCCGACACCAGGGGUGGCCCCCAUCGGGAGCCCGAUGACGUCACCGGCCAAAAGGUUGACGUACGGCUCAAGCAGCACCCUGAGGAUCGGAGCUCAGGGCGCCCAGGCCACCGUCCUCAGUUUCCCACUGCAAGGUUUGAAUGGCGACCGCACUAUCACACUGAUCCCGGUUCAGCCGUGCGACUCCUCUGGUACCAUCACUGCUCAGUUCCUGCUGACCGCGUCGCCAAGCCGCGCCGCCAUUGUCUCUGCGGCUCCCCCAGCCUCCGACCCCCAGGCAGGCAUCAGCCGGCCGCGACGUACCGGCUCACUCGCUCUGUUCUUCAGGAAGGUGUACCACCUGGCCAGUGUACGUCUGAGGGAUCUGUGUGUGAAGUUGGACAUCUCGUCGGAGCUGCGAGGGAAAAUUUGGACGUGUUUUGAGCACGCUCUGGUCCACUGCACGGGUCUGAUGCGGGACCGACACAUCGACCAGCUGCUGCUGUGCAGCGUCUACAUCGUGUCCAAAAUCACCAAAGAGACGCACACCUUCCACGACAUCAUGAAGUGUUAUCGCAGCCAACCACAGGCCAGCAGCCAUGUGUACCGCAGUGUGUUACUGCGUCGCACUCCCACGGAGCAGGUAACUGACGAGAACAUGGAGGUGGAUCCUGUUUCGGGCGGUGAAUCUGCAGAGAAACCCAAUCCGGUCUCAGGAGAAGCAAACCCAGACCAAUCAGGGGAGGAGGAGCGUGGUGACCUCAUCCAGUUCUACAACAACGUCUUCGUCCUGAAGAUGAAAAGCUUCGCGCUGCGUUACGCCACCCACGAUAACCGGGCGGACGCUCCUCCUCUCUCUCCGUUCCCAUCGGUUCGGGCUCAGCCUCUCUCUCCUCGUCGGGUUUCUCAGAGACACUCGCUGUACGUUUCCCCUCACAAGAACUCUGCAGGCUGCCUCACACCAAACUCCUACACCUACAGGAUCAACAGCAGCCCGUCCAAGGAGUUAUCCGACAUCAACCGGAUGAUCCGGCAGGGCUCUGGAGGCCGGAAGAGGGCCUUCAACAUGGAGGGGGACGUGAUGAUGUCAUCGGCGUGCGACUCCCCCAGUAAGAGGGCGUGUCCGGAGAACGGCAGCAGUCCCGACGUGCUGCUGAAGAGACUGCAGGACGUCGUGUCCGAGCGCCAGAGUCACUGACGAGCCCGACAGGCCCCCGAAACACGUAAAAACAUUAAAGUAAUGAAUUAAUUUUCAUUACAGAACUGUUCCUCACUUUAAAAAGCUAAACGUUAAUGACGAAACGAGACAUCAAGAGUCUUUUUUUUUUUUUCUUCAUCACUGAUGUCCCUUAAAAUUGUGACCUUUUUUUAAAAUAUAUUAUUACCUGAGGGUCAUAGAACCGGAGCAGCACAUAAUGGCACAAAUCAUGCCAUUUAGUUUUAUCCAAAUAAUCCCACAUCUGGUGUCACAACCCCCCAAAACAGUUUGACAUUGAUACCAAUAAUACUAUCUAGAAUGUGAUAUAUGGGCCACAUCAGGAAUCCGAACACACAAUCACUGACAGCCUUCACUUGUUUGACCUUUUCACUCUGUAGUUCUGUCAAGUAGCUCAGGUGAACUCGAGCUCAACCGUUUGAGCAUCUUCAGUCACUGUUGCACCUCUGUGGGAUGAAUGCGCCUGACGCAUCGGAGUGCUUGAAUUCACAGGUUUCUAAACAUCUGCAGCUGCCAGAUGACAGCACAAGUAGCCGUUUCUGGCUGUUUCUCUUCAAGGGGGGAAACCUAAAGGGUAGCUUCCAAUCGCUCAGUCUUUAUUUACACAGUGCCGAAAAGUUCAAAAUACCUUUUUUAUUGUCCUGAAUAUAAGCUAAUCCCAACACCUGUUGCUGGGGAAUACCUUUUUUGAAGGUAUGAAAGUUUUCACGUUAGUCCAAGAAGAAGCGAGUCCUCGCAUUUGAAGUCUUUUUCUCUUGUGAAAGUAAAAUAUGAAAUACUUACAGGAUGUAAAUCACACAUUUUGGGAAUCUUUUCUGUCGGACUCUUCUCACUCUCUCUGCUGUCAGGCUCUCCGUGCCGUCUGGAAUAGAUUUCCACGGCAGUUAGCGUUUUAGAAGUCUUGAGUCUCUUUGAGCGCCUCGUCGUUUGACAGCAGUGAUGUUUUGGCAGCUCGGCGGAUUAUUUGGUCUCGUCUGUUUUCAGCAGUAAAGACGCCAGGAGACACUCGUGACUCGUUUUCACUCUGCGGGAAGGGAUUUCCUCUGUUGCAGCAAAACCCAGAAACUUUCAUAGGUUGAACUGGGCUAACUAAACACUUUUAGGACUAACUCUGACAAACUUGAAGAAACUAUCUAGUCGAGCAACAUUAAGGCUCCAAACAAGCCAUAAUUCACCACUCUGCAGUAGUCGGUGUUACUCUGUAGAUUUAAGGAGAAUAUCUGCUCCUGUCAGUUACAUCAAUUUUUAGUCCUCUUAUAUAAUACAACCCUUUUUCAUAUGUCAUUUUCAGAAAAAAAUAGGUUGUCUUUUAUUCGGGCCAAUACGGCAUAAAACGUUUAGAAAAUACAACUUUUCUUUUUUAUGAAUCAGGUAUUUCACAGCAGUACACAAAGAAGUAAACACUCUUUCAGUCAGUUUAUUGUGAGCUCUGAGUCAGACAACCUUCAUCGGGACGUUUCAUUUUUCCUAAUCAUUUUACUCGCCGUGACAACAGAGGAGUGCCUUUUUAUUUAUUUUAAAAAAAAUUUUUUUUUUUUUAUGCCUGGCUGAAAAUCAAACCUCUCACCCUGGCCAUGUUUGGUUUUUUCUUCUCACACAAAUAAAUAUAUACUAGUGGAAAAAGUUUUUACCUGAGGUUGAUUUUCAGAUAUUGGGGACUGAAAAGCCUGAAGUUGUCGGUUCGAUUCUCAUUCACAUACAGAAGCUAAAGCCUGUCAUUCUUCACGUCAGCUCAAAAUAUAUUUAAAAAAAUGUCAGUGAUGUAUUUGUGUAAAUAGUUUCCUUAAACAGGAUGUGAUAAAUCACGCUCUAUUGUACAUUCUCUAGUAUCAAACCCGUCUUCCAGUAUAUCUGCACAGGCUGAGGGAAAAUGAUUCUUUUAACAUUUAGUUUUACCGUCUCCUUUAAUCAUCUUCCCGUUUGUGGUUAUAAACCAUUUAAUGUUGUACAAUGCUGUAAAAAAAACAAUUGUUUGUGUACCUUGAGUGUGUAGUAUCUACACUUGAUGUUUUAUUGAAUUUAAUCUAAUUCUUUAUUAUGUACUGUUCUGUUCACACCUGGUUCGCUCAGAGAUCACAGAAAGCACAUGGUAAAAAAAACUAACCACUUGUAAAAAAAAAAAAUGCAAAUUAACAGCCUAAAAGAAAUACAAUAAUGAACAUGAAUCUGUAACCAGGGAACAAAUUUGUGUCAUUUUAGUGCUUUUCUGAACUCCGUUCAACACACAAAUUUGUAUUUUUCUACAGACAGUCAAAGGUUUUGUACAAUAAAAUGUCCUUGUGUUCAUUCA